AUGUCAUCGGAUUCUAUUGAAGUCGAAAAUCCUUCUACAACCGAAGAUUUAUGUUCAUCGCUAAAUACAAAUUUAAACGAUCUGUAUUCACCAUCACGUUCAUCAUCAAUUGAUUUUUCAUCGCCAAAUCUACCAACUACAGAUAGUUUGGAUAAUGAAAAAUCAUCUUCGAAUAAUCGCAAGGAACCUACAGUGAAAGUUCCGUAUCCAGUUGUAUCCGACCAUCGUGACCCAUCAUCUGUACUUAUACUUUUACAAAAAGAAACUCAAACAACAUCGAAGAAAAUUCUUGAUGUUGUUCAACAAAUUGAAAAUUGUGAAAAACAUUUAACAUCAAAUGGCCUAUCAGAUAAACAUAUGAAAUCUCUUAAAUAUGAACGUGUUAAAUUAAAACAAAAAUUAGAUGCAUUGAAAAAACACGAACGUCGUGUCAAUUUACAAAUUGAUUUUAUGACAACCAAAGUUGAAAUUAAAGGUUUAGAAGACGAACGAAAACAAGGAAUUAAUGAUGAAAAUAAACAAAUUAAUAUUUUAUUGGGUAAAUUAAAACAAAAAUUGGAUAAAAUGAAAAUUUAUAUGAGAACAAGAAAUGAACAAAUGAAAAAAAUGAUCCAUUCAAAACAGCGAUCAUCUACUUCAAACGAUAGUCGACAACAAUUAUCUAACAGCCAAAAACCACAACAACAUCGUCUUAAUUCAUCAGAUUCGAAUCAAAAGCGAUUAUUAUCAUCAUCAUCGGCUUCAAGUUUUCAGUCAAAUAAACGUCUAAAAUCGACAACUCAUAAUCAAAGCAAAGCUCCAGCUGUUCGCCUAGCAUCCCGUUUGUCGAAUCAUCAAUCGCAUUCAAUACGAACACCAACAGUGCGAUUUCUAAAUAAAACAUCUGCUUCAUCAAUGAUCGCACUCAAUUCUUCAUCACCAACUACUCCAGCAUCAUCAUCGUCAACUCUAUCACCGCCUCUUAUUGCAACUACAAGUACACGUGAUGCAAAUCGUAUUCAAAUUUCUCUGCAACAAAUUGAAAUACCUUCAAUUGAUGAAGAUGAUGAACUUAAUCUUGAUCUUGAUAUAGAUGAAUUAUUUCAUGACGAUUCAUAUUCUGAAGAGACCACACACGGAUAUAAAUCUGAAACGCGACACCGUAACACCAAUCUGGAUAGUUUGAAAAAAGAAUCUUAA